AUGCUAAGGCUGACUUCAUUAUUCGCCCCAAAAUCACUUCUAACCUCCAUAAAGCUGAGGUCGCCCCAAAUUAAGCCUUGGAUUGGAUUGACUACGUUAAGGCUGCAUAGCGAACAGAAGCCAGAGAAGCUCUAUGAUGUCAAAGACAAUAUCUACACAGUCCCAAAUGCGCUAUGUGUUGCGAGGUAAAAAGAGGUGUCUAGUGCAAUAUAACAAGUCAAUUUUAAUAUAUGAAGUGAAAAGAUUAUUAAAAUUCAAUUUAACUUGGUGAAAAGGGAUGUUUUUAUAUAGUAUCUCCAUUAAAUAAACGUGUUUUAGGAUCGCCCUAACCCCAGUAAUUGGCUAUCUUGUCGUAACGGAGGCCCAUCUGGCCGCUUGUAACCUAUUUUUGAUCGCCGGAUUCACAGACCUCAUUGAUGGCCAGAUUGCGAGACGUUUCCCAAGCCAACGGUCGUUUCUGGGAACUAUGCUGGAUCCAGUUGCGGAUAAAUUGUUGAUCAGCACACUGUUUGUUACUCUGGGAUAUUCCGGCUUAAUGCCAAGUAAGUUUUUUGGUCGUAGGAGGUCUUUGAGAAGUCAAUAUUUAAAGCUUAUUUUUUGAAAACGGUAUUUGAUGAAUGUAUCCUGUCAUACUACCUUUUACGAGCUUUAAAAUGGUAUAUAACACAGUGAUUUAACCACUGAAAAUUUUGGUAUAUCGCCUAUUUUAGAGGGGAAGAGAAAGAAAAAUUUUGGAUGAAACUUACAGGGGAAGUACUUCAAGUGUGACGCUCAGAUUUUCUUUAAAUUUUGCACACACAUCGGGUAUGGACUAAAUAUCAAUUCCUGAAAGUUUUAGCUCGCGCUUUGCGGGCGCCGCCGAGAUAUUGAACGAUUUUUGCCGCCGAGAGAGCACGCUCAACGUGGAGAGCGGUCAGAGAGAAAACCGUUUUUUGGCCAUAACUUUGGCAGUUUCGUGCGGAAAAAUUUGAUUUUUUGUAGAAACAUUAUUCUUUACGGUUGAAAUAGGCAUGAAACUUUUCGUGCCGAAAUUCGGCAAAAAGUCCCAAAUUUUCGCCGACUUUCGAUCUAAAAAUCUCGGUUGUUUCUGCAAAGCGCGAGCUAGGAUUCCCGCAUAUAUCUUAGAAAAAAUUAUUCUAAAUUUGUGCCAAGUUUCAUCAAAAUCUGAGCGUCACACUUCAAGUACUUCCCUUGUUAGUAUACUGAAAGUUGGCGAAAAUUUGACACUUUUUACCGAAUUUCAGCACGAAAAGUUGCAUACCUAUUUCUACCAUAGAGGGUAACGUUUCCACAAAAAAUAAAUUUUUUCCGCACAAAACUAACAAAGUUAUGGUCAAAAAAGUGUUUUUCUCUCUGACCGCCCUCCACGUUUAGCGUGCUCUCUCGGCGGCAAAAAUCGUUCGAUAUCUCGGGGGCGCUUGCAAAGCGCGAGCUAAAACUUUGAGGAAUUGGUACUUAGUUCAUGGCCGACGUGUGCGCAAAAUUUAAAGAAAAUCUGAGCGUCGCACUUGGGGUACUUCCCUUGUGAGAUUUAUGUUACACUACCUAUAAUUUCAGUCCCUCUAAGUGGCCUAGUGAUCCUCCGAGACGUCCUGCUCUUGGCUGGCGCUUUUCGACAUCGUUUCCAGACUUUACAACCUCCAGUUACCCUCAAAAGAUACUUUGAUCCUUCCAUUUCUUCUAUUGAAAUCAAACCCACAUUCGCCAGCAAGUUGAAUACGGUCCUUCAAAUCUUCUCCGUGGCGGGAGCACUAGCUGCACCAGUCCUUCUUUUUGAACAACACCCCCUUCUUAUCUCACUAUGGUAAGAAAAAAAAUUUUUGUGUAAUAAAUUUACACAUUUCAGGCUACUUACAGCGGCUACCACAACUUACUCCGGAUACCAGUAUAUUGGGGGCAAAGCAAUAAAGCACGUCAAACCAAAAGACGUCAAUUAG